AUGGACGGGCUCGCCCACCGAUACGAAGCGGUCAAACUGCACCUGCAGCGACCGAUCAACGAGGUUCUGCCACCGCAUCUGUUGCUCUACCUCGUUCCGCCACUACCACCGAUGCGCUACAUCAUGGGCUUCUUGGCGCUGGCAUCGCUACUAGUUUUCCGAGUUUGUUGGAUAUUUCCAGUGCGAAGGAGCCGAUCAUCCAAGCAGCAAGCUGUACUCAAGGCAGCGAAGAAGAAGCACGGCUGUACAGUCGCUGUGUUUCUCGGAUCGGGGGGUCACACCACCGAACUAUUGCAGCUGCUAUCUGCGCUUCCGACCAAACGCUACACUCGGAGAAUCUAUCUCAUCUCUUCUGGUGAUCGCUUCGGUCUAGAAAAGGCGAAAGAUCUCGAACGUAGGCUCACAAUCAAUGCAGAUCAGCACAGCGACAAUUCGACGGCUCAAGUGAUACAGAUCCCGCGCGCGAGAAAGGUUCAUCAAAGCUUUCUCACAACUCCCUUUUCGCUGGCGAGAAGCGUGACUUUCUGCAUCGACCAUGUCGCGCUUCGUCCGCUGCUCGGACGCUGGUCCACACUAGAGGGGGAAAGCCACCGGCUGCUCGCCGAUGUCAUCCUCAUGAAUGGUCCAGGCACGUGCGUCCCCAUCGUCGCUGCGGUCUAUCUUCUCCGAGUGGUCGGGCUCGGCUCUCCCAAGCUCAUCUACGUCGAAUCAUUUGCUCGAGUCAAGAGUCUCUCGCUCACCGCCAGAUUGAUAAGACCGUUUGUCGACCGCUUCGUCCUCCAAUGGCCUAGAGACGCUUCCGCCGUCGCACCUCAAACACGCGCAAAGGCUACCACCAAUACCGUUUACUCUGGAUGGCUUGUCUAG